GGUGGGCUGUUUGACGUAUCCUGGCUUUGACGAUGCGUGCCGCAUCUCCCGGGAUGGAGAGGAGUCCACCGAAACGGGUCUACUUAUCUCGCCCUGCAGCUGUCGCGGCACAAUGGGUGAGAUGACGCCUGAUCUCACCAAAUUGGAUCUCACUCGUCUUGCCUUUCUCAUCUCGAUUUUUCCAUUCGUCGUGUGCAGGCUUUGUCCACGUUAACUGUAUGGAGGCGUUCCGACGACAGAAGCUGCAGACGACAGGCAAGGCGCAGCCGCACAUGGUGGUCUUUGCUAGGGUCUUUGCUGUGUGGUCUACAGGUGAGCCCUCAACGAGAUGUGAGAUCUGCCAGGGGUGAGGCUACCCAGAGCACACAAUUCACACCUGACGCUGACAAGAAACUGGUGUGUUCAUCAAUCAGCGAGUACGACGAGUAUCUGCUCGGAGGUGCUCCCGAACGCGAGAAGAGGAUCUAUUUGUAUGACGACCUUUUCCAGAGAUUGUGCUUAUGGGUGGUGGCACCUGUGGCGCUGUGGGUCUUCGGCAACACUGUCACGUUCGCGAUCGGCCCAAUGGUGAUAUGCUUCAUUUCUUAUCUGUUGGAGUGUCUAGUCGCCCGCCACCCGCGGUGCGCCAGCGGCCGACAGCUGCGUUGGGGUAUCCUUCUGCUGCUCGCCCUCAUCACACUUUCUGUGCUGCUGAUGGCAUCCAACGCCGAUUGGUCGUUCUGGAGUAGCGGAGAGUCCGUUCUCCUGUCUGUUUUCGGCUCUGUGGUGGUGCUUCCAAUCAGUCUGAAGGCACAUUACCACUUCAGAAUGCGCCGUCGGCUUCUCGAGCUACAUCGCGACCAUGACGUGACGCAGCAGGCGGGGUGUCAGCUGCUGUCUAUGGGGUAUGGCUUGAUCCAGUCUACACAUGCUUUUGCGGUGGCAAGUUCCUCGUCGAGGACUCUGGCGCUGCUAUUUGCGGCCUUCGGCUGGGUCGGCUUGACUUCGUGUCUUCUUGCACUAAUCAUUCUUUGGCGGCAUCGGUUUCUCCUCCGACGGCUCGUCAAACGGCACGUGACGCCCCACUUUCUGCCAGGUGAGGGGUGGGGAAUCCUCACACCGAUCGGCUCAUGUGUUGUGUCCUCACAUAUUCGAUACCUGCAGCACAUUUUCAGUGCGCCGACUGCAGACGGUGAGCAAAAAGGAAUCCACUGUCAAUGAAGGCACGGACUGAUGAGACUCGUCAUGAUCAGGAAGCGACCCAAGGACCGACUUUGUAUGAGAGACCCCCUUUGGCUAUCGUUCAGAGACGCUCUGUGCUGUCCGGUGGUCUACUGCCUCUUUACGAUCGCCAUUUCAUCUUUACUGUACAUAUUAGCCUCCCCCGGUUCCCCCUAUUUUCCGUGGCUGGAGCUCUCGUGGCUGCUGUUGUACCGCUGCGUCAAGCUGAUUGGCUGUGGCUCGCUCGUUGUCGGUGCGCCCAUCGGUGCGGCCUUUUUUGCUUGGGUGCUUAUCCUAACACGCGUGUCAGAGGCCCGCGUGUCAGAGGCCCUCAUCAUCUUCUUUGCGGCCUUGUGGAUCACUAUGACCCCUGUUGGGGUGUGGGUUGGCAUGGUCUAUUCGGAGCUCACGAUAGGCACGUUAAUGGUCAACCUGACAGACAAAGGUCUUGUCGCGGUAGCAUGGGUGCUGGCAAUCGCGAUCGCCAUAAUGCUGGCCAUGAAUGAGAUUCCCGACGGGAAUCCGUGUCUCUAUGGGGUACACGGGUGGGAAGUCGCUCUUGGAGAGCAGAGGAUUGGGUCCGCACUGGUGGCUCUAGUCCACUUCCUCUGUCACGUUUUUUUGCCUUGGUUUACGACAAGUGCCGGAGCCACGUUCAUAGCACUGCUCGCCGUCAUUACCUUUGUCGAAGCAAGUAAAACGCUUGAGUUUCUCUUGACCUUAUUCGGUGCUUGGGUGGCUGAGGGGCUGUGUCUGCAUUACUUGGACGGAUGAGGGACUCCGAGUGAUCGUUGAAUGGAAUGUGACGUGUGUGCGGUGACCCUAUUUGUUGCGUGUGUUUCGUCUUAAGUCCAUUUGAA